CGUACUUCCGUGUUAAUUUAUGAAUGACUGCUACUUCCCCGUGUAGUUUGCUAACUCCAUCUGAGUCCAAUUGGUUGUUUGACAGCUGCUGCUACCAUCAAAUUGGUCCAAAUGGAUUACACGGCGACUCAAAGUGGGUUCAGACAGCGUAAGUUACAGCCAAAUAUGCGUCUGAGAAACAGCUCUGUGGAUGGUGCUGAUGGCAGCCAGCUGUUUGAGGAUACAAGUGGAGCUGGUUCUGCAUCACAGGCAGGCUACAGGAACCAGCAGCCUGCUGCCCAAGCAGCAGGAUUUCCUGGUCAGUCCCUCCUGUCAGACCCCAUGUCCAACCUGGCUAUGGCAUAUGGCAGCUCACUGGCAACCCAGGGGAGAGAAAUUGUGGACAAGAAUCUUGACAGGUUCAUCCCAAUUUCUAAGCUGAAAUACUACUUUGCUGUGGACACGGUGUACGUCGGGAAGAAGCUGGGCCUUCUAGUUUUUCCUUACAUGCACGAGAACUGGGAGGUGAGCUACCAGCAGGACACUCCUGUAGCUCCCCGCUUCGAUGUAAAUGCUCCUGAUCUUUACAUUCCCGCCAUGGGUUUCAUUACAUACGUCCUGGUGGCUGGACUUGCUCUCGGCACACAGAACAGGUUUUCUCCAGAGCUACUGGGAGUUCAGGCCAGCUCAGCUUUAGUGUGGUUGAUCAUGGAGGUGCUGGCGGUCCUACUGUCACUCUAUCUUGUCACUGUCAACACGGACCUCACCACCAUAGACCUGUUGGCCUUUUCUGGCUACAAAUAUGUUGGGAUGAUUGUAGGUGUAGUAGCAGGGCUUUUGUUUGGAAGGCCAGCGUAUUAUCUGUCUCUGCUGUGGUGCUGUGCUGCCAUCUUUGUCUUUAUGAUCCGCACUCUGCGUCUGAAGCUGUUAUCCGAGGCGGCGGCGGAGGGGAGGCUGGUGAGAGGAGCAAGAAACCAACUGAGGAUGUACCUGACCAUGACUAUAGCAGCAGCACAGCCCAUCUUCAUGUACUGGUUCACCUACCACCUCAUCAGAUAAAACGCACAACACAGACACAUAUAUUAACGUGUGUAGAAGAUGAACUUUUGCUGUCCGAAUGCCAUCUCACCCCCUAAACAAAGAAAAAAAACACCCCACACUCAUAUCAAAGAAGCUGGACUUGGAUGAAACUCACAGCGACAUUACAAGACUCCGUCCAUGUGUGCGUGGAGCAGAACAACACAUGCGACAAGACGAUUAAGAGAAGAUGUGAGGCAUUGCUGCCUUCUCUCUCACAGCACAGACAUGUCAUUAGUAUUGUCUUUUUUUGUCUUUUUUAUGUAAUGUCUUUGGAACUUUGUAGCAAGAGUAAGUGGCUUUAAGUUGUCUUUUUCUAUAUGGUGUAAUUACUUGUUAAUUAUGUUUUUUAGGACUAUUUAUGUAUGUGUGUUUGUGGAUAGCAGAAGUAUUAUUGCUGUUGUCUGAUAUUUCAUAAGUGAUGUUUCUGAGCCAACAGAAAGAAAGCACACUAACCUCACACAAACCGUCCGUUUAUUAUAAAGAAAGAACUCAAAUUCAGGUUUAAAAGUGUCUCUUUUUGGAUGCUUGACUCAAUUGACUUUUUCUCUUGUCCGAAUGUUUGCUUCAUGGUUGAAAAAGGUCCAGCAUUGUGUGGAAAAAAUACCCACAUUAGAUCUGGAAAUGAGAGUUUACCUGACUGGUCUGUAACACCACUGUUUUAUCUCUUUGUAUGUGCUUUGUUACAUUAUGUAAGCUUUGCUGCCUAAAAUCUCUGGAAUAGAAAGAUGAACUCUAAGCAACGAUGACCGUAAGGUGUAGACCUCAACAUGAAAUGUCAAGUUAAUUUUGAUAUCAUUUUUAAAAAUGAGUAAAUUAUUUACUGCUUUUCAUAUUGAAAGUCAGAUGGAAUAAAGAAAGGGAAAAGAAAUGAGAUGGUUUGUUCUGCAGAAACUUUUAGUCUUCUUGGGAUACUUGAAAUAAUGUAAUAUCAGAACUGCUUUCUUGUGCUUUAAUGUGCUUGUAAAUCUUCUAAUUAAGUUAUUAUAGAACAUGUUUUUGCUUUACUUAUGUAGCUGGUGUUAACUCUUAUUUCAAACUUUACUUAAAUUAUUACAAAAAAAUAAACAAAUUUCAGGA